AUGCUCCCACCGCCUCGUUUUACCCGCAAGUCGGUCUACGCGUGGGUUACACUUGUGUCUUUUCAUGUUCUCUCUGAAGCCAACGCGUCCGCAAGUGAGGAGAAGCCGAUACUCAUGUGCGACAAGGCCACGGUGUCAUCAUCAACUGCUCUCGGAGGCAGCCACGUCCGGAAAAAGCGAGUCGGUCUCGUCUUGCUGCCUCCUGCAAAAUGGGGGCCGGAGCUUUUCGCGGUGCCCGCUUACGCCCUCAGAGGCCGCUUCCGCGGGUGCCUCGUUGCUCUCUUCGGAGCGGCAGAAAGGCUAUGA